AUGAACGGCGGCUUGAGCUGGCUUGAGGCCACUCAAGCUGAUUUUGAAAUCACUGGCACAUCUUUUCUCAAGUCUCGCUCGUGGUUGGAUUCACUGUUGGAAUUGUUGUACUCAAGGCUCAAACUUGGAGAUGUUGUGGGAUCUGGUUCAUAUGGUGGAGUUGGGAUACCCCACGCCCUCUGGUUUGGUAGAGAGGCAGCAUAUCAUGCGUUGGUUCUUGACCUCCUUGGGCCAUCACUGCAAGAUCUUUUCCUCGCACACAAUCAAAAAUUCAACCUUCACACUGUCGUGCAUCUAGGAGACCAACUGCUCUCACGUCUCAAAUACAUCCAUGCACACAAUUACGUUCACGGUGAUAUCAAACCGCAGAAUGUCUUGGUGGGUCUUGGCCAUUUGAGGCACACUGCAUAUAUCAUCGAUUUUGGUAUCGCGAAGGAAUACUGGAACACUACAACCAGAGUCCAUAUCCCAUUCCGUCAGAAUCAAAGUCUCACUGGCACUCCUGUGUUCGCUUCAAUCAACAAUCACUUAGGAUUAACCAGUGACCAUGAGAAGCUAUCCAGCUCUUCUAUCCUCGAGCGCAAGGUCAACACCACCAUUGAAGUUCUAUGUGAUGGAAUUCCUGUCGAGUUCGCAAGUAUUCUCAUCUACACACGCUCUCUUGCGUUCUCAGAGGACCCUGACUAUGGGCAUCUUCGUUCAUUGCUUCACAGUCUUCAAGCCACAUUGUCCGCACCAGCUACGUGCUCACUGAAUUUCUCCCAACCUGAUGAUCACAUCAUACAUCCCCCUCCAAUCUCCAAUGAACAUUGGAUUGCUGAGGCAGCGCCCCCACUGGCAUGUCCGCCGGAUGCAACACCUCUUUGGCAGAUUGACUCGUGUGGCAGAAGUCUCAGGUUACUACCACGCCUACUCCUGCUGCUCCACCUCUCCCUGUUCCCCACUGCUGCUGCCCACAUCAUUGCUGCCCCCACCACUACCGCCCAUGUAGCUGCUGCCCCUAUCACUGCUGCCCCCCUUGCUGCUACCCCCAUUGCUACUGCCCCCAUUGCUAUUGCUGUUGCAUUGAAUGCAACUAUGCUUCAGCACCCCCAUAGACAACAACAGCUACCUCUGAGGUUCUGCGACGACAACCCAGCUCACACUGGCACAAGUCGUACAGCAGACGACAGGGAAUAUAUUGAGAUCAGUAAUGUGUCUGGGGAUGAAGAAGGAUGA